CAGCCUGCAGAGCUGCAGCGGCUGCUUUUAGCCUCUGCCCAUUGAGACAAAAGAGAGUGACGAAGGUAGUGGUAUGGCCAAUCAGCAGUGAGCAGGGGCGGCCUCCCGGCAAAGCCUGGGCCAGGAUGCUAAUGCCUGCCAGAGGGGGGAACCUGCUGGAGGGGGCUGCGGCAGACUGGCGCGGGAGCGAGCGUGGCGUCAAGUGCAGCUUGGACUCACGGACCUGGCCCAUUUACAUUUCAUUCUGUGAGUUAGUCCAUUGCUGAACUGUCUACCCGACUCAAGUCCCACAUCCUUGAGGACAGCUUCUUCCACCUGUGUCCCGUUGUAUUCACCAUGGAGGAGCAGAAUAACUCUGCUGGGAAGGAGCUUCAACACAAGACACGAGCAGAAGUUCCAGGAAAGAAAAGCUGGCAGUCACAGGCCUACACCCUUGGGGCGAUUUCCAACUUUAUGUCUACUUUCCUGACCUUUCCUAUCUAUAAGGUUGUGUUCCGGCAGCAGAUCCAUGCUGUGGCAGUGUCAGAGGCUGUGAGACAGCUUUGGCACGAAGGCCCUCAGUACUUCUACCGGGGCAUCUAUCCUCCUCUUCUCUCCAAGACCCUCCAAGGGACUCUGUUGUUUGGCACUUAUGAUAGUUUGCUGUGCUUUCUCUCCCCUGUUGGGCCACACUCCCUUGGACAGCGCUGGACUGCGGGGCUCAUGUCAGGUGUAGUAGAAGCUGUAGCACUUAGCCCCUUUGAGAGAGUACAGAAUGUGCUUCAGGAUGCUCGAAAGCAAGCUUGCUUCCCUAGCACCUUUAGCAUUCUCAAGGAAUUCAAUUCUUAUGGGCUUUGGGGGAGGCUGUCACUGGGCUAUUAUCGGGGUUUCUGGCCAGUCCUGGUCAGAAACAGCCUGGGAAGUGCUCUCUAUUUCUCCUUCAAGGAUCCUAUCCAGGAUGGCUUGGCAAGGCAAGGCCUGCCCCAUUGGGUUCCUGCUUUGGUGUCUGGUAGUGUCAAUGGAACCAUUACCUGCCUGAUUCUGUAUCCUCUGAUUGUGCUAGUUGCCAAUAUGCAGUCUCAUAUUGGCUGGCAGAGAAUGCCAAGCCUAUGGGCCUCUGCGCAGGAUGUGUGGGACACUCGAGGUAGAAAAAUCCUGCUGAUUUAUAGAGGAGGAUCCCUGAUCAUCCUCAGGUCCAGUGUGACAUGGGGCCUCACUACUGCUAUUCAUGACUUCUUGCAGAGAAAGUCACACACCAAGAAAGAGAUGAAAGACUGACCAAAGGAAAUGCGGUGGCUAUGGUAUCUUUGUUUUAAAUCUUUCCUUGUUGGUUGUGUAUAGUAUAUUUCUUUGGCUUGGUUACCUAAAACAACCAUUACUUGCAAACUGUCACUGCAUGUGAGAAGCUCGUAACUUUUCACCUGUUAGUCACAGACAAAACCUACCAGGAUUCCUUGGUCAAGAAAAGUCUCCCUAGGCUAUACACAGAACCUGGAGCCUUUAAAUAAGCUGUAGCCCAGAUUAAAUGUCGUUUCUUCAAGGUUUCUUUUUGUAAAUAAGAGGAAACUUUAAAAGAAGACUCUACUCAGUACUGUGAGUCUGGGGUCCUUCUAUGUGUCCCUCUGAGCAAGCUGAGUGGAACUCCAAGUUCAACGAACUACACUAGACUUUGAGGACAACUUCAAAGAUGCCUAUAUUUUACUAACAUUUCUCACUGCCUCUACCACAGCCACUCUCACUUCAAGCUGUGGGUCCCAUUUUCAGGGUAUCUGCUCUGAUUAACAACCCUAGAUUAGAUUCACUUCCACCCAUCAGAUGCCUCAAGAUGCCACUGCUGAUCCUAAACAUGGGGCUGAGAAAACAUUUGGUGCCUGGAUAGAAGGAAAAAAGACUUUAAAGCAAGAAUUUUAAUUUAAUUACAUGCCAAAUAGAGAAAAAUAUUACUAUAGAUGGUUUGGUGUUAUCUGAUAUAUAUUAUAUAUCAUAUAUAUAUAUAUAUAUAUAUGAUUCUGUUGCCUACAAACCAUUUAAGUUUCUAUAAGAAACUUGGACUUAGCAUGAACUUAUCUCUUCAUAAUUCAUUGCUAAUUCUGUUGAUGUGAACAGCUCUAUAGUGUAAUGAUCUUAGCCUGCCAUUAAAGGCCAUUGUCAAUAUGGACCCCAUAUAACUUUCUGCACAUUUUUUACCACACAUGCAUGAAAUGCAUAAGCCAACCAAACAGUGUUUUUCACUCCCCAGACAUUCCAUGAACUUACCCAAGGAUAUACUCUGCCCCACACUGUUCUCUUCAUUCGCACUGUUCCCCAAUAAAAGACCUCGAAUUUACAAAAGUCCAGCUCCAAUCGCACUGUCUAAAUGGAGCCACUUCUCUAUCGCCCCCCCCAAACCUGAAUGUUGCAUUACUUUUGUGAUAUUCAUUUUUUCUCAGCUCAUCAACAUGCACUGAUCCCUUCAUGUCACUGAUCCCAUGUGGCCCUAAUGUUCUUGCCGUUCUUCAAUACCUCCUACUAGUCUGUAAACUUCUUGAAAGCAGGGAUUCUUGUAUGCAUUUUUAAAUCCUCCAUUGUGCCUAGGUGCUCAAUAAAGUUGGUGAAUUAUCGAAUUGAUUAUCAAGCUGUGAUAUGGUCUCUAUCCUCAGGGUGCUAUCCCUAUUACAUGAAGAUAAUGUUACUGACUCAUUGUCAAUGAGACACAUGCCUUUUGGAUGUGUUUACUUUCUUUUAAUAGUGGAUUUAGUUUUGUGCUAAUUAUGAUGCCAAUGACAAUAACAAUGACAAUAAAAUUAUGUUCAACCACAA